ACGAAACGCAAGGACUUCCACUGGCAGAGAGACGACAGCCGAAAGUCAAACAAACGAAGAGAUGUGGCGGAACAGUGGAGUGUGGGCUGUGCUGGCAGUGGUGCUGGCUGUGGGUGCUGUGGGCACUGGCGCUUCCUUGGUGAACGAGGAUGUGACGCGGACCAUCAACGCACAAACGCACCUGACCAACGUGGAGGCCAAGGUGACGGUGAAGAACACCGGAUCUGCUGCCGUCCACGCGUACCAAGUCUCGGAUGCCAACAUUGACGGCGUCCUCGCCUUUGUCUCCGCCAAGUUUGAGGAUAGUGACGAUGAGCUGCCCGUGCGUGAUGGUGCUGUGCAAGUGAACAUCGCUGCCGGCAAGAGUGUGAACCUUGUCAUCACCCAGGUGUACACCCACGCCCAGAAGCCGUUCCCCACAGAGAUUCAUCAGAAGGACGAUCAGCUUGUCAAGUUCACUGGAAACCUGUACUUUGCCUCCGAGUAUCCCACCACAACGCAGAAGACGUCCGUUGUGGUGCCGGGCCGUCUCGAGUCGUUUACAAAGUCCAAGCCGUACUCCAACAAGGGCCAGGAGCUGUCGUAUGGCCCAUACACGGAUGUGAAGGCCAACGCACACAAGGACCUCAGCGUGCACUUUGAGAGUUACACGCCGUUCCUGACCGUGACCAAGUUGGUCCGCGAAGUGACCGUGUCGCACUGGGGCUACGCGUCCAUCUCCGAGGACAUCACCAUCGUCCAUUCCGGCGCCAAGCUUGUGGGGGAGUUUUCGCGCCUUGAUCUGCAGCGGGAUCCGCGUGCUGGGCGGACAGCGCUGCGGUCGUUCACGACGCGUCUGCCGGCAGCGGCUUCCGGUGUCAACUACCGUGACGUCAUUGGCAACAUCUCCACAAGCAACCUCCGCGAGGAGGAGGAUGCGGUGAUCGUUGAGAUCCAGCCCCGUUUCCCGCUGUUUGGCGGCUGGAAGACGCAGUACUCGCUCGCGUACGACGUUCCAUCCGGCGAGAUUCUCAGCACUGAGGGCUCCACCUACGUCAUGUCCACCCGCUUUGUGGGCCACGUGUUUGACAACCAGGUUGUUGAUGAGGCCGAGGUGCGCGUUGUCCUUCCAGAGGGCGCCGCUGACGUGCAGGUCAACACCCCGUUCCCCGUCGACGAGCAGUCUGAAGACGUGAAGGUGACGUACUUUGACACGACCGGCCGCUCCGUCAUUGUUCUCAAGAAGGCAAACCUGGUCGAGGAGCACAUGCAGGACUUUACUGUGUCGUACACGAUGCCUGCCGGCUCGACUGUGCGCGAGCCGCUCAUGGCUGUUGCCUUCUUCUUUGCCCUCUUUGUCGUCGCCAUUGUUCUCAACCGCGUCAGCCUCAGCAUCGCCCCUGACGUGCAGGCCGACAAGAAGAAGCAGUAAACCUGUUCCCACUCUGAUGAGACAUGAAU